AUGGCGGGAAUAGCUAUAGUUUUAGAUCUACUGAGAAAAAACCCAACUCAAACAGCCCAGGCAUUACACUCUUCUGGGUUUUUCUCAGCUAAAGCAGCAGCUGCUGCUGCCUCUGUUGCCGCCGGAGCUCCGUAUGUUUAUAAGACAUUAUUCGGUAAUUUUAGGAUACCAGUUGCCUACUGUGAUGCUGGAACAGCAUGGUCUGAAGACUAUGUUUCUAAUUUACAAAGCGCAUCUCAAAGAUUGUUUCAGAAUGACUCUCUGAAUUACAGUACCAAGGAUUACAAAAUUGAGUUAAAGCCUCUGUUCUCAGCUUUUGAAUGGAGGGCUCUAGCUAUGACAACUUUGAGGUCAUUUUUAAUGUUCUUUUUACCUCUUUUGGAGCCUCGUUCAAACUUGGAAGAGGAUGAUGAUGACUUCCUGCCAGACACUGAAGAAGAGCAGCAUGUAGACUAUGCUGUGCCAAUAAAAAAAUCAGUAAUUCAAAUUGUUCGUGAGACUACUGUUGUAACUACAAGACGGAUUCUAGAACGACUUGCUGUCCAUUAUGUUUCACAGAGAAUGGCAUGGAAACUUCUUAAAGAUGUUCCAAAGUCAGCCAUGAGGAAAGCUGGAAGAAAGUUGCCUACUUUGGUUUUCUUCUUCAGUGUUAGCAGAACAACUUUCAGAGGGCACUUUCUGGGUGUUGCAGCGUCAUGGCUCAUCCAAGUAGGCAUUGAAAUCUACCGAUUUUUUUCUCAUAUGAUAAAGUCUAAAGAAGAAGUUGAUGACAUUGAUACGCCAGAGCAACUUAAACUUCUUGCGACAAAGGUUUCAAGUGCUACUAUCAAGUGUGGUGCAUCACUCGUUUUUGCUUCCAUUGGGGCAGGUAUUGGUGCCACCCUUAUCCGCCCUUCGGUUGGCCAGUGGAUUGGCUGUGCUGCGGGGGAUUUGGCAGGGCCUGUUAUCAUAUCAUAUUGCUUUGGGAGAAUUUUCCCUGCAGAACUUUGA